AUUCUUAACUGCUCUGGGCUUGGGUGGCCUUGUUUGUGAAAUAGGGUUGAUCUCUUCUUCAUAAGGCAGUCCUGGGGUUUACCAGUGAUGGGGCAUGUUAAAUGUCUGGCAAAGGGUUAGAACCCAGCUAAUAGUAAAGUUGCCUGGCCCCUUGACAGAAUUCUAGAAUUCCACAAGCUAUUCCUCAGUCCACCUCUCCCCCAAUAUGACAAAUGAGACCAUACAAUGGAGCCCAGUCCAGGACACUGAGGCUGGGCUCAGCUGUACCUUCCAAAUGCCCCAAAUUGGGGUACCCAGAAUCAUCUGGGGUCUGAAGAUGUGGUAACAAUUUGGAGGUCUCUGUGAUAACCAAGUUCUCCGCAAAACCCCUUUUUCCUCCAGGAGUGCUCUGAGGGGCAGUUCUUGCUCUCAGGAAGCCUGCUAAGGGAUGAAGCCACACAGAGCGGGGAGCUUUUCAGGUGGACCGGAGUUCUUGGAAGCCCAGAGAAAACAAACGAAAGUGUUCAUUUUCAGAACAUACAGCUGUGCCCAGAGGCCCGCGUGCUUGCGGCUCCCCUUAGAGGUGUCUACAUUGGCCAUGCCCAUCAUCACUGGCCCCCCCCCCAUAUCUCAUACUGCCCCAGAGCCACCGAGGUCCCAGACUAGCCCUUUCCUGGCACAUAAUGCUUGGUCUUACUAAAAUGCCCCUCUUCAUGCCACUUUGCCUGAAAGUUCUUCAUCCUUCAGAGCCAGCCAGGAAGUCACUUGCUCCUGACACUUGUCCAUAAUUCCCAGCUCCCACGCACUCAGCUCAUUGGCUCCCACAGGGAUUUCCCUCACUUGCCAUUUUGGCUGGCUGUGGUCUGAUGGCCUCUCCACAGUCCAUGAGCAACUUGAAGGCAAGGAUGGCAUCCCACCCCUCUUUGUACCCUCCUGGGUGCCAAAUGAUAUAGGGGCCGAAUAAGGUUGAAGUUGUUGGGAAUGAAAAGAACGAAAUCCAGAGUUUUCCCCGAUUUUAAGAAAAAACGGGGUUUUGUGUUUGUGACAGAAAAAUGGCAUGGGGAGGUCACAAAGACCCGCGCUGUAGCCAGAACUGCCCCAUGGUUGUCAUGUGACCUUGGACAAGUCACUUAUUUUCCGGGUGUCUUAGAGAUGCCUUAUCUGUAAAAUGGAGACAGUCAUUCCUAUCGUGCCUAACUCGCCAGGCUGUGGUGAGGUCACAUGGUUCUGUGCGUAAAAGGUGCACAGUGCAAACGUGCUGGAAUGCCAGGGAUGCUAUUAAGGAACCAGUAAGAAGAAAGGGUCACUGGGUGUGUGGCGAGGAAGAAGUGGAAAGGGCGCCAAGAUUUUAGGUCCCAGUGACUGGUAUGGAGGGUUCUCUGGGUCCUCUCAGUCCCUGUUUAUGGAGGGCAGGGCGCUUGGGUCUGGAGAAUUUCUCUCUGAGAAACUAUGCCCCCUGGGGAAUCGGCCCCCCGGCCCUGCGCCAGAAUCCCCUGCCGCAAGUUUCGGGGCAAGGUCUCCACCAUGCUUCCCUCCCAGUCUUGCCCAGCGCCCACUUAUGAGGAAGGGCCUCUGCAGGUGAGACCGGCUUCCCUCUCGGAUAGCCAGGGCAGAAGAUUUCAACUCAUUAAUCAUUUCGAACCUUUCCCAACAAACAGCCUCAUGGCCGGCCCAAACCUCCCCUGUCCCGGCUCAGGAAAUGAUCUCGGUCGGAAGUGAAAAGACCAAAUCGGCCCCAGGAGGCCAUUUUCUUCGACAGAAGCUGAGGCCUGGGGGCGAGGCCUUCCCCCUGCUUCCCUUCCAUUCCCCCGCCCCCACGCUUUCCGAUCUCGGCCCAAAGAAGAGGCUUGGCCGCGAAUCACCGGUUUGCAUUGGCCCCUGGGGCGUGGGCGGCUUUCUGAGACCAGGCUGGGGCUGGGACUCCGCCACCUUCAGCUAAGGGUACCGAAGUCUGUCCGGGAGUCGGCGUCACCGGGACUCGAACCUGCCUUUUCGUCUUCCGAGGCCUAGUGCGAACCUGCUGUGCUAAACUCAGUCACACUGUCCCUUUAAGGCGGCACUUUUUAUUCUUCAUUUGUUUACUUCUUCAUGCGCUUUUCGUUCUUUACAAAAUGUGCUCGCGAUAUCCUUCCGCAAGUGUCAAUCUCAGGCACUCACCAGCCGCCUUGAAGCCGUUUCUGUAAUCUUAGGAAUCGCGAGUUACCAGCCGUGGGCCGACAUCUCUCUUUAUAGGAUUUAAUUCUUAUACAUUUUAGGGACUACUUUUUAGGAAUAAACCAUUCUUGCGUUAGUUAAUAAAGGUUCAUAACCUUCGGAACCCUUCCGCUGAGAACAGAAUAGGAUAGUAGCCUUUAUAACGCACCUUUUCAUAAAAAUAUUCUGUGUGGACUCUCAUAGGCCAUCGAAUCUUCUCGUAUUCCUGAAACAGAAUGGUACGGUCCAGAACCCGCCCCAUCUUCUCUGCGAUUGGCCGUCCUUCCUCAGUGAGUCGUGUGAUUUUUCACCAAUGGCCGCUCGCGUUUCUUUAGCGAGGGCUAAGCGAUGGAAGGAGGUGGCCAGGGAGACGCCCCCUACGCGUUCUGGGAUUGGCUACGUCGCACGGCGCGCGAGGACGGCGGGCCCGAAAGAUAAGAACUACGACUCCCGGCUCCCCGCAAUGGGAACUCCAUUACGCAUGCGCACGGGCGGGGCGAACAAGCUUCUAUAUAAAAGGGGCGCAGAGGGCUGGGAGGCAGCAGUUGGAAGUUGGCAGGUGGAGAGGCAGGUUGGGAGGGAAAGUCGGGGGAGGAGGCGGAAGAGGAGCUGUGGGAAGCGGGAGGAGGGAGGGAGGAAAAGAGGAGGCGGAGGAGAACUGAGCAGAGCAGAGCAUCGAGCCAAAGGGGAGAUGAGUUUGUCUGUCCUCUGCUGAGGCUCCGGCCGGGCCUAGGGAACUGGGAGCUUAGGUGGAAGCGACACCCGUGGAAGUGGGAGGAGGUGGCUCCGGGACUUUAACCCCUUGUGGGCUCUGCGGCAGGGGAUUUAACCCUUUGUGGAUCUGGCCCCUCGGAGGCAGCGUCAUCGGUAGUUUUAACCCCUUCGGGGCUGGGUUUCACCCACUGGACUUACCCUCAUCACCUUGCUUACCAACUCCUUUAUUGGGGUGCUCCGCUUGGAGGUUUGAGGCCCACCUCCGCACAUUACGUACUGUUCCUGCCGCUGCACCCCCUUGGACCGCUAGCUGGCCGCACUGUGGACGCUUAACCCUUUACUGACUUGAGCUCCCCAGAUUGCAGUUGGAGUUUGCUAAUAGAAGGACUAGCUAAAGGCGUCACUGCAGGAAUUACAAACUGAAGAGGACUCUGUUGGACUGUUUUUCUUUUCUUUUUUUUUUUAAGAAAAACUCCAUUUUUUUUUUCUUGAGGACUUAGUAGCCAAAAUUUCUCAAACUUCGAGGACUCUACUAGCCAUGGCCGAGCCAUUCUUGUCAGAAUAUCAACACCAGCCUCAAACUAGCAACUGUACAGGUGCUGCUGCUGUCCAGGAAGAGCCGAACCCUGAGCGCCCCCCAGGCGCGGAGGAGCGGGUGCCCGAGGACGACAGUAGGUGGCAAUCGAGAGCGUUCCCCCAGUUGGGUGGCCGUCCGGGGCCGGAGGGGGAAGGGAGCCUGGAGUCCCAACCACCUCCCUUGCAGCCCCAGGCCUGUCCAGAAUCUAGCUGCCUGAUAAAGGGCGAGAAGGGCCAGAAUGGGGACGACUUGUCCGCUGGCGGCGACUUCCCGCCGCCGGCAGAAGGGGAACCGAAGCCCGAGGCCGAGCUGCUCGCCCAGCCUUGUCAUGACUCCGAGGCCAGUAAGUUGGGGGCUCCUGCCGCAGGGGGCGAAGAGGAGUGGGGACAGCAGCAGAGACAGCUGGGCAAGAAAAAACAUAGGAGACGCCCGUCCAAGAAGAAGCGGCAUUGGAAACCAUACUACAAGCUGACCUGGGAGGAGAAGAAAAAGUUCGACGAGAAACAGAGCCUGCGAGCUUCAAGGAUCCGAGCCGAGAUGUUCGCCAAGGGCCAGCCGGUCGCGCCCUAUAACACCACGCAGUUCCUCAUGGAUGAUCACGACCAGGAGGAGCCGGAUCUCAAAACCGGCCUGUACUCCAAGCGGGCCGCCGCCAAAUCCGACGACACCAGCGAUGACGACUUCAUGGAAGAAGGGGGUGAGGAGGAUGGGGGCAGCGAUGGGAUGGGAGGGGACGGCAGCGAGUUUCUGCAGCGGGACUUCUCGGAGACAUACGAGCGGUACCACACGGAGAGCCUGCAGAACAUGAGCAAGCAGGAGCUCAUCAAGGAGUACCUGGAGCUGGAGAAGUGCCUCUCGCGCAUGGAGGACGAGAACAACCGGCUGCGGCUGGAGAGCAAGCGGCUGGGCGGCGACGACGCGCGUGUGCGGGAGCUGGAGCUGGAGCUGGACCGGCUGCGCGCCGAGAACCUCCAGCUGCUGACCGAGAACGAACUGCACCGGCAGCAGGAGCGAGCGCCGCUUUCCAAGUUUGGAGACUAGACUGAAACUUUUUGGGGGAGGGGGCAAAGGGGACUUUUUACAGUGAUGGAAUGUAACAUUAUAUACAUGUGUAUAUAAGACAGUGGACCUUUUUAUGACACAUAAUCAGAAGAGAAAUCCCCCUGGCUUUGGUUGGUUUCGUAAAUUUAGCUAUAUGUAGCUUGCGUGCUUUCUCCUGUUCUUUUAAUUAUGUGAAACUGAAGAACUGCUUUUCUUGUUUUCCUUUUUAGAAGAUUUUUUCCUUAAUGUGAAAGUAAUUUGACCAAGUUAUAAUGCAUUUUUGUUUUUAACAAAUCCCCUCCUUAAACGGAGCUAUAAGGUGGCCAAAUCUGAGAACAAUUAAAUUCAUUUUAGUUAUAAUAAAUUUAAUAUUUGUAAAUGUAACAUAGUUUCAGUGUGAUUUCUAGAGCUAAUUCAAAAUAGUAUUAUUUUAUGUGAUUGCAUUUUUGGGGAGGGGUACCGAAAUCGUUAAAUUUGUCAGUUUGCAAAAAUAUCAGUCUUUAAUGGGAGAAUUUUCAAUUUGCCAAUUUUUUCCUUGAAUGGGUUUGGGUUUAAGUAUGCUACAAUACACAGUUCAGGCAAAAUAUAAAGAUUUAAUUAUCUUCAAUACUUAAGUGUGCUUGCUUUCUAGUGCCUUGGUUUUCUUUCUUGAUGCUGGAAAAAUAAACCGGUGUUCAGUGUUUAGGUGACUGAAAAGUGGCUACAAUCCAAAAUUUUAAAUUUAAGUCUGCCUCGGCCAUUCAAAAGUCUAAUAACAAAAAAUGUAAACCUAAUUUGACAGUUUGUUACGUUAGACAACUGUCAGCAUUUCAUUCCUACAAGUUGGUUUUCAGUGAUCUCUUCCAUCCCCCCAGUAGGGCUGGAAGAAGUUCCUGGAUGCCUGAAAGAGGCUCUUAGCAAACUUCUUAGUGCAAGCAAUGGUUAGAUUAAUUUGUGGGGCAGCUCUUUAAGACAUUCAGAGGUGGGAAAUACUGGAUUUAUAAAGGAAAUGGCUGUUUGGGGGAUUCCAAGGACUUACCCUAAUUGUCCAAUACUACGUGCUCUGUAUACAAAAAAAAAAAAAAAAAGGAAUAGGAGCUAUCCACCUUUCCAUGUGGGUCAAACUAAAAUUAGAAAUGUCCCCUCACUGCAGAUCAAAUGUAAAGCUUCCAGUUAAGGAGCUAAAUGAGGUCCUCAGCUGAAUGAGGAACCCUGUACAUUUCCUUGAACAGCCCUAUUCUAAAUCGCCUAAACUAUGCUGAUAGCUGCUUAGGUUCUUGAGUAGUUCUGCUCUUAAAUGUAGGGAGGCCCUGAGAACUAAUUUUUGCCCCAAAAUAAAAAUAGAAAGAAAUUAUGAGAUUAUUCCCUCCUGUCACUUUGGUUAACCCAGUCCUUCACCUGCCCUGUGUCAGUGUUUCCUGAGGGCAACUGCGUUGCUCAAAUCACUAACACAGAGGUUCCUUAACUUGGGGCCUUAGAAACCAUUGUGGGCCUUGGGGUCCAUGAACCCCAUGAAAUUAUUUGUAGACUUGUGUUAUAUGUACAUUUUUCUGGGGAGAAGGUUCAAGAGAUUCAUAAGAUUCUUAAACUCCUUGAAGGUUCAGAACCCCUGCAGGGAAGGGGGAAGAAAACCCUCCCAUUAGGAAGCAUGCUUUUGCAGUUAAAUGGCGGUGAUUGAGGUGAUAGGGACUUCAAAAGUAAAAUGCACCUUGUGAUGCAUAAGAAGCAUACACAAAUCAAUAAAUCAAGGGAGAUUACACCAGUAGGACUAAAUCAGGGCCUUCAAAGCUGGACUGAGUUGGUCCUGUUCUGGCACAUAUGGUCCACUGGAGACAAUGUAUGAUUGUGUUUUUCUUUGGCCUAAAAAUUAUAUUAAACAUUUAUUUUGAAA